UCGCACACUGUGUGUGCACAUCGGUGCCUGGCCGUGGCUGGACUGAGACCCGGUGGCCUUCAGAAACUGCCGAAAAUCUUUCCAGAACAGCAGUUGCAGUAGCUAUGGCUCCCUCCUGGGUGCCUGCUGUGGGCCUCACUCUGGCACCCAGUCUGGGAGGCUUCAUGGGCUCCUACUUUGUGCGUGGUGAGGGCCUCCGCUGGUAUGCUAGCCUGCAGAAACCCUCCUGGCAUCCACCUCGCUGGACACUGGGUCCCAUCUGGGGCACACUGUAUUCAGCCAUGGGGUAUGGCUCCUACAUGGUCUGGAAGGAGCUGGGAGGUUUCACAGAAGAGGCUGUGGUCCCCUUGGGUCUCUACACUGGUCAGCUGGCUCUGAACUGGGCAUGGCCCCCCAUCUUCUUUGGUGCCCGGCAGAUGGGCUGGGCCUUGGCAGACCUUGUGCUCGUCAGUGGGGUUGCAACCGCCACAACCCUAGCCUGGCACCGAGUGAGCCCGUCAGCUGCCCGCCUGCUCUACCCCUACCUGGCCUGGCUAGCCUUUGCCACCACGCUCAACUACUAUGUAUGGCGUGAUAACCCUGGCCGGGGAGGUGGCCCACGGUUCCCAGAGUGAGUGUACCCUGCCCAUCAAGACCACAGCACUGCUGGCCAGGUACCACGGAUGGUAGCCCAUCAUGCUUUCAAGACCCCUGGGCCUGCCUGGUCUACCUGGGUCUUGCUUGGCCCAGGGAGCCACCAGGCAGGUCAAGGUGGUCAGUGCCAAGUCCCAUCCAGGGACAGUUGUACCUGCCUUUCUGCACUGCUCCAGGCAUGCCCUAGGAACAUGGGGCUUUUAGAGCUAAAUAAAAUCUUUUAACUUCA